GCUUUUCUUAGAGACGGCGGAGGGACUGACUGGGGAUGUUUUCAAAACCAGCCGUAAGCUGGAUACAAACGUCACACAGUUGCAGGGUUAAACGCUCAUUUUUCAGCAUUUAUCCAAACAGUUUGCACACUUCGGAACAACGCUACGAGUUUUUAAGCUCGGACGCGAACCGCCGAAGAAAGCUUCUCUACGGCCCAUGAUGAGCCCUGUGAGCCGCAGCUGCCACAGCUAGUCAGAAGCUGCACCAUGGCCAAGCCGGGGACUGACCGAGAUGGAGCCAUGGUGGAAAAGACAGCUGGGAAGAAGCAGAGUAAAGAUAAAAUCUCCCCGUUCACUAAAACGCCGAAGCUGGAUCGGAGUGAGAUCGUGGGAAAGGAAGGAAAGCCCAAGUCUUCCAUGAAACGCAAGCUCUCCUUCACGGUCAGCCCACCCCGGAAUGAGGAACGGGACUCAGACACAGAUGACUCUGACCCCGGCCAGUCGAGCGAUAUGUGGGGAGAGAGAUUACUUCCUCCCUGCAGGAUAUACGCAGAUAAAGAUGGUCCCGAUAAAAAGAAAGUAAAGAAGGAAUCCGGGGGUAAGAAGUCCACCCCUGUGAACAUAUUGUUUGGCUACCCACUGUCUGAGCGCAAGCAGAUGGCACUUCUGAUGCAGAUGACUGCAAGAGACAACAGUCCAGACUCCACGCCAAGCCACCCCUCCCAGACUCCAGCAGUGCAGAAAAAGAUCCCUAGCAGCUCCACAUCACGACAGAAAGACAAGGUGAACAAAAGGAAUGAGCGAGGAGAGACUCCCCUGCACAUGGCUGCCAUCAGAGGCGAUGUCAAGCAGGUCAAGGAGCUUAUCGGGCUCGGCGCGGAUGUAAACGUCAAAGAUUUCGCAGGUUGGACACCUCUACAUGAAGCCUGCAACCUUGGUUACUGUGAUGUAGCAAAGGUUCUGAUUGGUGCAGGAGCAGAAGUGAACACCCAGGGACUGGAUGAUGACACUCCUCUUCAUGAUGCCUCUAGCAGUGGGCACAAAGAUAUUGUGAAGCUACUGUUGCGGCAUGGAGGAAAUGCCUUCCAGGCAAACAAGAGAGGCGAGCGGCCAGUGGAUGUUGCAGAUUCAAAGGAGGUGGAGCAGCUGCUGAAGGGCGAGAUUCCAUUAUCCGAUCAAGAGGAUAGCUCUUCAGAAUCUGAAGAUCCUCCAUCUGUGAACCCUUCAAGUGUAGAUGAAAAUAUGGAGUACUCCGAUACUGAGAAGGACUCUGAGGGCAAAUCAACCACAGCGAAAGCCUCGUCUUCCGUUUCAGGUGUGGAUGAAUAUGAGUUCAAGGAUGAGGAGGAGGAGGAAGACCUGAGCAAAGCGCUAAAUGACAGGCAUAUCCUGAGACGGGAACUGCGGCAGAGGGAAAAAGAGGACAAGGAACAAAAUCAUUACCCAUCUAAGCAGUCCAACAAGAGCGACCAGACAACGGCAUCAUGCAAGUCAAAAAAGUCAAAAUCCAGAGUCCUCUACUGCAGCUCUGACACUUCAAGCGAUGAAACAGAGACGCAGUCUGAGAGAAAAUGUUCACCAACUAGAUCAGUUGGUAAUGAUGCUCACAAAAUGGAGAGUAGGACAAAAAAAGAAAGCUUGAACCUCACACCAGCAGAGCAGAAAGAAAAGGGCAAGGUGAAUAAGAAGAACAAGAAGAGCCAGAGUAAAAACAAGGAGAACCAAGAGGUUCGAGAGGAUGGAAAAGAAAACAGCAAGUCGCUUCUUUUUUCCACAGCAACUGUGUCCGACAACUCGGACAAGAGCGUUCGAGAGGAGGACUCGUUUAAAAUGUCCUUUAGUCCAAAGGAUGAUUCAUCGGUGCACCUCUUUCACUUGUCUGCGGUGAAGUCCCCAAAGCUGAAUCAUAGCCAAACUGACAAGCAGACGACUCCAUUAAAACAGGAAAACGCAAAGACUUGUGUCUCCAUUGUAGAUGGAUCCUGCCCCAUAGAUGGAGUGAAGUACAACCACUACACAGAUUCUGACUAUUGCACGGAAGGUCAAAGUAGUAAGGGCUGUAAGCACAAGGAGAAAAGCAAACAUCACCAUAAGGAACUCAGCUUGGACGGAGACGAUGGAAGCUCCAGUCCUUUUAAAGAUGCCAGUCUAAGCAACAGUAUGGAUGGCUCAGAAGGUGCCUUCAGGAAGGUUGACAAAGACGGCAAGGUUGUGAAAAAGCAUAAACUGAAACAUAAGGAGAAGGACAAGUACCGGAAGGAAUAUGAGGCUGAGAGGAAUCGUCACCGGCAGAAAGAAGUACGAAAAGAUGGGCAUAGGAACAUGGAGUUUGAUCGGGAAUUCUGGAAAGAGAAUUUCUUCAAAAGUGACGAGAGCGAGGAACUUGGAGGGAAGUGUGAGACGCCAGGUAGCUGCUCUCCUCAGAAGUCCCUUGACUUAUCGCCAGUUAAAGAAGAAAAGAACACAUCAAAAGAUAAGCAUUCAGGCAGCAAGGAGAGGAAACCAAAAGAUGAACGAGAGAAAGACAAGCUCAUAAAAAAAGAGAGGAAAGAGAUGACCUGCAAAGAAGAAAAGGGAAAGGAUGGGAGAGGGGUUGAACAUGAUGACCGGAUAGAAGGUCUCACCUCAACGCGAAAGCCUGACGAGUCACUUCCUAGUGCUGGUGUAAAAGAAGAGGCAGAAGAGAAGUCUAUUAGUGGAAGCUUGGCUGAUCAAAAUCAAGUGGAGACCACUGAGAAGAGUACUCGAGAGAAAAGUGACAAACGGCUGUCUGCAAAGGAUAGGGAAUCUGAAAAAGCUGACAAAAAACACCCUGACAAAGAAAAGAAAAUCAAAUUGGAGCAUUUACCAGAUAAAUCUGACCUUCACAACUCUACAGAUCGAUGGAAAGAAAGAGAAAAAUUAACAAGCACUUCACAUUUGCCAGGUGAUAAGAGCCACAAAGAGAGUGAAAAGCUUAAAGUUGUGCCUGUCGUAAAAAAGCAUGAGGAAAACAAGAAGAGCAAGGAGAAACUUGAAAGAAGAGGUGAGAAAGAUCGGCAAGAGAAAGAACAUUCUUCUAAUGAGCACAGGGACAAAGAAAAAGAAAAAUUAAUUUCUGAAAAGAAGGGAAAAGCUCCUGAGAAAAUUUGUGAUCAUGGUAAAUCUGACCGAAUUAAAGAAAAAGAGAAAGAGUCUGAAAAAAGAAAGAAAGAAAAAUCAAAAGAAGCCACUCCUGUCUCCACGUCAAGUUCUAAUCUCAAACUUCUAUUGGAAGAGAAAAAGGGGUAUAUAUCUGACAGCAAUAAAACAGUCAUUUCGAAGUUAAAAGAAGAGGUUCUAAAAACCCCUGAGAAAGAUCGGGACAAACGGGAUCGGGAUCGAGAUUCUGAUAGGCAUCGGGAACGGGAACGGGACCGGGACCGUGACCGGCACAAGGAAAAGGACAAGGAUAAGGACCGAUUACAGCAGAACAGGGAUAGCAAACUCAGUAAAGCAAGGCCUACUGAGUCAGACUUGGAUAGGUCAAAAUCCAAAGCCUCACCUGCGCAAAAAGAUGCCCGUCCCAAAGAGAAAAGGUUGGUCAAUGAUGACCUUAUGCAGACCAGUUUUGAACGCAUGCUUAGCCUCAAGGACCAGGAGAUUGAGCAGUGGCACAAAAAACACUUGGAAAAGAUCAAGCAGAAAGAGAGAGAAAGACUGAAACAGCGACCAGGGACAGACUCCGGGAAGCAGAAAAUCAAAGAUAAAACAAAAACGCCUUCUUCGUCCAACGACCUGUGCACAAACAAGGAACUCUUGCGCUCCAAGAGCUCAGACACCCCUGAGGGUUAUGGUCGGGAAAAGACCCUAAAAGAUGCCACCAGUGGAAGAACACUUUCACUAGAUGCCAAAACUCUCUCAUGUUUUGGAAAGACUGGUCCAGUAAUUGAAAACAGCCUCAGUCGCUCUCCAAGACCAGAUAAUGAAAGAUCUGGCAUCAUGUCAAGAUCAGUGUCCAUGAUAUCAGUCGCCAGUUCAGAGGAUUCCUGCCAGGCAACUGUGCUAACACCUAGGCUAACUGAAUACGAUUCAGACCAUGUAGAUGCAUCUGAUUCCCAGCCGCCUUUCCCACAGUCUUCCCUCAUGCUCCAGUCCUCCAGAUCGCCAGUUGUUCAUGAUAAAGAUACUAACAGUCUUCCUGACACAGCUCUGUGCAAUCGAACACCGCUGUCAAACAGACAUGCAUCUCCUUACUUAAGAGCUAUUCUGGAUGAAGAUGCCAAGUCUGCUGCAGUUGAAGCAGACAGACUAAUUGAAGAAUCUCAAAGAGUUGGUGACAUACCAUGUUCCAGUGAUGAGCAAAGUAAAGUCCACCCAGUAGAGGCCAGUGCAUCAAAUGUACAGGAGAACCAGAGCAGUCAAGCCUCAUUAUCAGUGCAUCUCCCUAUUACUAUACCUGAAGCUGAACAUUCUGUCAAUGUUGAGGAUGAAGGUAGCACUCUAAGCGGUCAGGUUGGAUGCUUAACUCACUCUCAAGAUUCUUCCACAAAGGACCUCACGGUUCAGCAGACUUGCCUGCCACAAGCCAGCAGUUUGUUGCUGAAUGCAGUAGAGCCUAACACCACUGAAGCUCUGCCAGAGCAAAGUGGACAGGGUCGGCUUGACCAAUCUGAUGCAGACAGGACAGAAGGCUCAAACAAAGAUUUCUUGUUGGCCGCUGUGUCCCAAGUUGCAUCGCCUGUGUCAUCACAGCAUUGCUUUAACACUAAGACACCUAUGCAUUCGAGUAGCUUGCAAAGGGAUGCUCUCUCAGAGGUUAAUAACAAUCAGUCAACAAGAGAAGAUCUGGAUCUCAGACCAGAACAAAGAGAGAAGAGCCUAGCAGUGGGUCCUGAAAUGAAAGUGGAGGACAAAAGUCUGGAGAAUGUUUCUGCAGCUGCCGGAAUGGAUUGGACAAGCUGCUCAACUCCUUCCAUUAUUUCAAAUACAAUCAGUCCUGAAGAAUCUGCUAAAACAUUGCUGUGCACAGCUAGUGCACUCAAAGAAUCCCAAGAGGUUAUAGAAAGGGCUGAUUUUAAUUUACAAGACGAUUGUAAAUCAAGGCUUUCCGAUGAGCAUUUGGGCACUGGUGAUGCACAGUUGGAGACAAAUGAACUUGGUUUACCCACGCCUUUGUCUACAAAUGUUUCCCGCAGUGCUAGUCCUGAACGGACGGCUGAGGAGCCAAUGGAAGUGUCUGAGGAGGGACUGGAGAGUAGACUUGCUGAAACAAAAGUGGAGAAAGUAAUUUCUGCUGAGGAUAGGUGUCAGACCCAGUCUCUCCCAGAGGCUAAGCAAGAGCUAGAUGUAGAGAUGACAGACCAGCCUGCCAUUGAAGAGAAACCUUCAAAACCAGACACUCCAUCAGAUGGAGAUCUAAGUCAGAGCUGUAGUGGUAUUCAGCGUGAUCCUCAGGCAGAACCACCAAGUGAAGCAACCUCUGAAAGCUCUUCCCCGCUGUCUGUAGUGGACAGAGAUAGCGAUCCUUCUGGAGCCAGGGCUAAAGUCAGACUUCUGGAGGAUGAAGUUGAUGCACAGGUGACCCAUCCAAGAAAGCGAAAGAUGCCCAGAGUUUCUCCUGCGACCCAAGCCAGCCUUUCCACCCAACAAAUCAAAGAGAAGACUCAGCAGUCUUUAGCAGCGAUUGUAGACUCAUUAAAGCUUGAAGAAAUUCAGCCCUACCAGACAGAAAGGGCUAACCCAUACUACGAGUUCCUGCACAUCCGCAAGAAAAUUGAGGAAAAGAGGAAGGUGCUGUGUAGCGUCAUCCCUCAAGCACCACAGUACUAUGAUGAAUACGUCACGUUCAACGGAUCCUACUUGCUCGAUGGGAACCCUCUCAGCAAGCUCUGUAUUCCAACAAUAACUCCACCACCCUCUCUGCCUGAGCCACUAAAAGAGAUGUUCAAACAGCAAGAGGUAGUGCGCAUGAAACUGCGCUUACAACACAGCAUUGAGAGGGAGAAGCUGAUUGUGUCCAAUGAGCAGGAAGUCUUGCGUGUCCAUUAUCGAGCUGCGAGAACGUUAGCUAAUCAGACGCUCCCUUUUAGUGCUUGUACUGUCUUGUUGGAUGCAGAAGUAUACAACAUGCCCCAGGAUGUACAGGGGGACGAUGGGAAGACCUCAGUGCGGGAUCGGUUCAACGCAAGGCAGUUUAUGUCUUGGCUUCAGGAUGUUGAUGACAAGUUUGACAAGUUAAAGACGUGUCUCCUGAUGAGGCAGCAGCAUGAGGCAGCAGCUCUUAAUGCUGUUCAGCGUUUGGAGUGGCAGCUGAAGCUCCAGGAGCUGGAUCCAGCAACCUACAAAUCAACCAGCAUCUUUGAGAUUCCUGAGUUCUACAUCCCUCUCGUUGAGGUCAAUGACGACUUCGACCUGACCCCGAUAUAACAGCAGUGACCCGGCGCUCAGAUCGAGACGGGACCGAGAACGCUCAUUUCUCCUGUCAGCCAUUGCAUGGUCAAGACUCGAGAGGAGCAGACCACCACAAAGCACUUGUUAUGGGCGAGCUGCUGUGUGUGUGUGUGUGUGUGUGUGUGUGUGUGUGUGUGUGUGUGUGUGUGCGUGUGCGUGCGUGUGUGGUGUAUAGCUCACUCAUGCACCAUAAACUAGACACUCCUGAGCUCUUAAACAAAAAAAGAAUAACGAAGAUGACACAAAAAGGAAGAACAAUCAUCUAUGUCUUUAGAUGAGUCAAUCUGUAGUACGCUUUUUUGUAAGUCGCUCUCAGCAAGAGUGUCUGCCAAAUAGGUAAAUGUAAAUGUACAUGCUACAGUGCUGUACCGGGUUCAAAGCCCAUCUAUAGCAUCCCUGAAGGUCCAUUUACUUUCCUCUGUACCAGCGUUCGGUCACCUGGUAAAGAUACACUUCUAAUAUAAGGAUCCGGUCCAAAAUAUAAGUUGAUUCUUGCAGUUACUGGAUUCAGGUCCAAACUAAAAUGCACUUAACCCCUAAGGUCUCCAUUGCAUUAAUGUAGACCCAAGGGCAGAUGGACCUGCACCAAGCAGAUCCAGCCAGCAGAGGGCGAUAGCCACCCUUAAUGACCAGAGAAAGAGGGAGAGAGGCAGGAGUUGGCCAGAGAGAUAGGAAAAACAUUAGCAAAGGAUACGACAGAGAGGUCUCAAUCCAACUCAAUCCACUUUCUAAAGUGAGUGUUCAUGAUGUAUAGAUUGUGCUCUUCAUUUUUUUUAACUUAUUUUAUACAUACUGAUUGUGCAUUUGUAAAUAGUCAUGUAAUUAUUGUUUUUAACUUGUAAAAAGAGAGAAAAGAACAGAAAGGAAGCAUAAUUAAAAUAAUAGAUAUUUUGAUUGUAAACUUUGUUUUGUCAAAUGUUUAAUGGACCAAAGUUGGUUUUAUAUUGACCGUCCUCUGUUGUUGAUGUUGGCUUAACUCUUUAAGCAUGUGUUUUUGAAUUAUGUUCCCUUUUUGUUACGUUUCUUCUACUUCUACUCGUUUCCUUCUAGAUUCAUCACAGCAGGUGUUUUUUGACUUGUGAUUUCAAUGCUGUGCAUGCGUUGCAGGUUUGUACUUCUUUUCUGGAAAGCUGUACUGUGGUGAGGUUUAUGUAAGUGGUUCUGCUUUUUCCCGGCCUUUGUCGUCUCUUAGUAACACUCACUUCCUGUGUGUUGUCCGUUGUGUCUUGCGCACAUUAAGAGAAAACCAGAUUGUUGUGUCUUCUCAAUAGAAAAAGACAACUUACUUUUACAGUUUUAAUGUGAGAUCACAACAAAACAAAACCUAUUUUUUACAACAUAAUGCCUUUUGAACGAUGGUUCUAAAAAUAUGUCUAUUUUAAUAUUUACUUGUUACAUGAUAAUGUACAUAAUUGUAAUAUAUAAUUGAAUAAAUUUUAUUGGUUGUGAAAUCCAGAA